AUGCAAGAACAACAACCUUCAUCAGCAUCAAUAACGACGUCGACGACAUCGUCCCAUUCUCUUCAAAUUCCGCAUCUCACUAAUAAUUAUACUUCUAACAAUAUUAUUAACAAUAACAAUAAUAAUAUAAAUAUUAAUGUCAACGUUAAUAAUCACAACACCAAUAUGAAUAGCAGCAUUCUCAACAAUAACAAUUAUAAUCUUAGUAAUCAUGAACUACAAAACAACAACAGCCUAAAAGUAAAAAUACCAAAAAUGACAAAAAUGGCACGUGAAGAAGCAAACAACGACGUAAUUAUAAAACCUUACAGAUGCUCAGUACUUGGCUGCGAAAAAACAUACAAAAACUCAAAUGGACUAAAGUAUCAUAAUAUCCACGGACAUCGUCCCUCGGGUCCUGACGAUGACGGUACACGCUCAGCCCCGAAACCGUAUUUCUGUAAGAUCGAGGGCUGUGACAAGCGAUAUAAGAAUCCAAACGGUCUAAAGUAUCAUCUUGAGCAUGCGCAUAACUUCUCGUUUGCGAAUCCGUCUACACUGCCGUCGUUACGCGAAG